AUGAGUAUCCCCUCCAUCAUAGAAGCAACUGACAACGUCAUUUCCAAAUCUGUUUCUCUCAUCACUUUGGAAAGCGUCCUGAGUGAUUCCUCCAUUCGAUUCCAACACAAAGAGGAAAAAUUUGGAAGGAGAAUGUCGCAAGGUCCAGUUGUGAAGCCUACACGAAAGCGAUCCUCGCACGAGCUACUCGUCGUGUUCGAACUUCAUGACACCGUCCCCGUUACCAACAACGGGAACUUGCGCAAUGCCACCUUCCCUGACGAUGACACCAGAAAGUCAGCGCGUCUAGCGCGUCUUGAAAGUGUCCUUAGCUCUGAUGCUUCCUACAGCUCUUCCAUCACUCCCCGAGCCAAGUCACCUCCCUGCAAAGACCCUCUUCUUGAAAGAUACAUGAAGCUCGUGGAAGAAGCCAAGUCUAAGGCGCCUCAAAAGCCAAGGCGAAAAUCGUCUUCAAGCCGCAUUACAGCCUCUACGAUGCCACUGGCCAUGCCUGUACGAAAGGCAUCCAUGGCUGAUGGUCUACACGGCUUGUUCCCAAAUCAUCGACGACGAGAGUCGGUUUGA